AUGGACAUUGGAACAGAAGGGCAUAACUGGUGUAUCUUACAACUUACCCUGAUCUCUAAUACUCACGCUCUUAUCAUCAACAAAGUUGAACAUAAUCCCGUGUCGAUUGGGGGGCUCCCGGCAUGGGCCGCCUUGUUCAGCCUCCGGACACAUGCCGUUAGGCCCUUCAAGGUCGAAAGCAACUCAUUUUGUGCCGGCGGGACGUUUCUUGGCGACGGGACUCUGAUAAACGUUGAGAAUAACCCUAUGGUCGGCGUGUACACGUCUACAGCAGACUUCGGAGACCUCGAUGGCUUGCAGGCAGUCCGCAUCUUCGAGCCUUGUCCCCCUGCCUCCGCCGCUCAUUGCAACAUCUACGAGAAUCACUCCCGCAUCCGCAUGGUUAGCCACCGCUGGUAUAAUACAGUCAUUCGAAUCUCGGACGGAACCAUUAUGAUUGUCAGCGGGUCAAAGAAAGGCGUGUAG